UACAAAUCACCUUGUUUUAACCAUAGAUGUACAACUCAUGUGGGACCAUGGCUUUUCCAAUAUCUGUAUGGCUGAACUGUGUGUGGAGGGCAACACAAGCUCGCUUGUUGCACAUGGGAUUGGAUGUCACAUUUACUUUUUGCGUACUUGGGUUCUUGAUUCACACGGCUGCCGUGUCAUCCCAAAAGUUGGAUGAUAUUGACCCCGUGGUGACCACCAAUUUUGGGAAAGUGAGGGGAAUGAAGAAGGAAUUGAACAAUGAAAUUUUGGGGCCAGUGAUCGAGUUUCUUGGAGUUCCUUAUGCUGCCCCGCCUAUUGGAGAACACCGAUUUCAACCGCCUGAGCCACCUUCUCCAUGGCCAGACAUCAAAAAUGCAACACAAUUUGCACCAGUAUGUCCCCAAAACAUCAUUGAGGGCAGAUUACCGGAAGUCAUGCUUCCUGUUUGGUUUACGAAUAACUUGGAUAUAGUUUCUACUUUCGUACAAGAUCAGAAUGAAGACUGUCUCUAUUUGAAUAUAUAUGUCCCGACUGAAGAUGACAUUCGAGAUAGUGGGGGACCUAAACCAGUCAUGGUAUAUAUUCACGGAGGGUCUUACAUGGAAGGCACUGGAAAUUUAUAUGAUGGCAGUGUGCUCGCAAGUUAUGGCAAUGUGAUAGUCAUCACCGUCAACUACCGACUUGGGGUACUUGGUUUCUUGAGCACUGGGGAUCAAGCAGCUAAAGGGAACUAUGGCCUUCUUGAUCUCAUUCAGGCCUUGAGAUGGACUAGUGAAAAUAUUGGGUUCUUUGGGGGCGACCCGCUGAGAAUAACUGUUUUUGGAUCUGGCGCCGGUGGUUCAUGUGUCAAUCUCUUGACUUUAUCCCAUUAUUCUGAAGGUAACCGUUGGAGCAAUUCAACCAAAGGACUUUUCCAAAGAGCAAUAGCUCAAAGUGGAACAGCUCUUUCCAGCUGGGCAGUCAGUUUUCAGCCUGCCAAAUACGCCAGGAUGUUGGCAACAAAAGUUGGUUGCAAUGUAUCGGAUACCGUAGAAUUAGUAGAAUGUCUACAGAAGAAGCCGUAUAGAGAACUUGUCGAUCAGGAUAUUCAGCCGGCCCGAUACCACAUAGCCUUUGGUCCAGUUAUUGAUGGGGAUGUGAUACCAGAUGACCCUCAGAUACUGAUGGAACAAGGAGAAUUCCUCAAUUAUGACAUUAUGUUGGGUGUUAACCAAGGAGAAGGGCUCAAAUUUGUGGAAAACAUUGUUGACAGUGAAGAUGGCAUAUCUGCUAGUGAUUUUGACUUUGCUGUCUCAAACUUUGUCGAUAACUUAUAUGGGUACCCAGAAGGCAAAGACAUCUUGAGAGAAACUAUUAAAUUUAUGUAUACGGAUUGGGCGGACAGACACAAUCCUGAGACAAGAAGAAAAACACUCUUGGCUUUAUUUACUGAUCACCAGUGGGUUGCACCAGCAGUGGCUACCGCUGAUCUUCAUUCAAACUUUGGAUCGCCUACAUAUUUUUAUGCCUUCUAUCACCAUUGCCAAACAGAUCAGGUUCCUGCAUGGGCAGAUGCUGCUCAUGGAGAUGAAGUUCCAUAUGUAUUAGGAAUUCCCAUGAUUGGUCCCACUGAAUUGUUUCCUUGUAAUUUUUCAAAAAAUGACAUCAUGCUAAGUGCGGUGGUGAUGACAUAUUGGACAAACUUUGCAAAGACUGGGGAUCCCAAUCAACCAGUUCCACAAGAUACUAAGUUCAUUCACACAAAACCUAAUCGUUUUGAGGAGGUAGCGUGGACCAGAUACUCUCAAAAAGAUCAACUUUAUCUUCACAUUGGAUUAAAACCACGCGUGAAGGAACAUUACAGAGCUAACAAGGUGAACCUGUGGUUGGAACUAGUACCUCACCUGCACAAUCUUAAUGACAUUUCACAGUAUACCUCUACAACAACUAAAGUGCCAUCAACUGAUAUUACUUUCAGGCCAACCCGGAAAAAUUUGGUACCUGUAACAUCAGCUUUUCCUACAGCCAAGCAAGAUGAUCCUAAACAACCACCGAGUCUAAUUUCAGGAGAUCAAAGAGACUAUUCCACGGAGUUGAGUGUCACCAUUGCUGUGGGGGCAUCCUUGUUGUUCUUGAACAUUUUAGCCUUUGCAGCGUUAUACUACAAAAAGGACAAGCGGAGACAUGAUGUCCAUCGGCGAUGUAGUCCUCAGCGUACAACUGCCAAUGAUCUCACCCACGCACAAGAAGAGGAAAUAAUGUCCCUCCAGAUGAAGCACAGUGACUUGGGUCAUGAAUGCGAAUCCAUUCAUCCACAUGAGGUGGUUCUUAGGACCGCCUGCCCCCCAGACUACACACUAGCUAUGAGAAGGUCACCUGAUGAUAUUCCUUUAAUGACCCCCAACACGAUUACAAUGAUUCCAAACACUAUACCUGGGAUUCAACCCUUACACACAUUUAAUACAUUUACCGGUGGACAGAACAGCAUUCUGCCCCAGCCACAUCCUCAUUCACAUUCAACAACUAGGGUAUAGCCAAACAAGAGGAUAUGAACUUUUAUUUUUGGGGUGGAUUCCAGUGGGUUAUAAUUGCUGAAGACUUAACUUGGCUUUCAACCCUACAAGACUGUUAUUAUUUAAAUUUGGAGGAAUAUUAUGUGAAUAUACAUAUCGAGAACUCGAGGGAGUUGGGGGAAAAAUGAAUUGUACAUAUAUACAAAUGAACUUUAAAAAAAAAGAGAAAGCAUAACUUUAGCAAUUGCUUGAAGCAAUUGUCUUGAAUGGUACUUUUUACAUUCACACUCUAUUAAUUUUUUUGAGGGUUUAAGUUACAUGAUGGAAUUAGGCAAGUGCAACACAGGAGUGGGAGAGAAACUACAACUGAAAUUUUUUUUAAAAAAAAAAGUUCUAUAAAUAUGCACAAGGGACACAUUGAUGGAAUGUCACAUCAUUUGCACCGGUUUUUAUUUGGAACUGUUUUCUUGUGUAGACCAUAUUUAUACCUUUGAAUCAGUAUCCAAAGCUUCAGAGCUGUUCAAGGCCUUAGACACAGGCUCAUGUGCUGAGAUCUGCCAGUUUCUUGUUUUGGUUUUUUUUUUUUUUAAAGUAACCAUGUUCUGGAAAUCUGGCAGCUUCAACAUGACCACACAAAGUGCUGUCGUUAUAAACAUUGUGGGAAUAAAGGAACUGAAUAUUUUUUUCGCACAACGUGCAUGAUAAUUUAUUAUGCUUGGUGGGUGUGCUGCUGAUUAAGCUGUCAUUAAAAUCUUUUCUCAUGUCAUUGGAGUGUCCAACAGAAACUUAUUUCCUUGAUUGGCCUAAUUGAAGGAAGGUUUGUUUUCUAGGGGGAAAAAAGAGAAAAGAAAUUGUACGUAAACUCCUGCCUUCCAUUAAUGGAGGUCUCUGCAGUAGCUUCUAGAGAGACUUGAUGGUACAAGUCAGUUUUUCUCAACUUAAUGUCCUCCAGAUGCGUUGGGCUUAUUUUUGGUGGAAAGUUGACACUGAAGUCCAAGAUAUCUGAUGGGCAACAUGUUGAGAAACUCUCCUCCAAGGGUUCAGCAGCGAACUAAAUAAUGUGAAACAAUGUGAAGUAAUGGUAAAUAAGAAUAAUGCCUCCCUACUCCAUCACCACCAUGCUAUUAAGUUACAACAUUUUAAUAGGGCAUCUUUUGAUGAAGUCAGCCCCAUUUGGGUUCUAGUUUCAUUACAAUCUCUUCCACGUACAUCAGAAUUAGUUCAAUGAACAGAACCGCAACAACAUCAAAAGAAAAAGGAAGUUUCCAAGAUUUAUUUGCUAGGAAUAUGUCGCCAGAGUGACCUUGUUGAAAAUGAUCACAACAAAUACAACUUUUCUCGUAUUCAUGUGGCCAAUUAUAUUGCAUGAGGACAAAUUCACUUAACACAAUUUCCAAGUUAUUCCCUUUUUUUUUUUUUUUGGCUUUGUGUAUUGUCAGUGAAUCACAGAG